AUAAAAAGAACGGAGCCGUGUCUUCUGUAUUCUGAAAUGAGAUGGGUAUACGAUUAAGCAUUAGAAGGAAAGAGAGAAAGAACGAGUGACUGCACUCGAUGAAACAGGUGCAAACGGAUGUAAUAGAUGGCUUUGUAUCAUGAACACGAGUAAAAGUGACAAAGCGGAGCAAGAACGUGUCAACGACGUGGGGAACACUGCGAAGAAUCUUACGCGUCCAAAGAAAAUCACUUCGUGCUAAUAAAACGGAAUUUUUGAAUCUUCGUGCAUAAGCGGAGGAUCAACGCGCUGUGGUUGUGACAACGAUAUUAGUUAUCGAGCGUCCUAACCUCAAGAUUUAAAUUUUUGUAUUGUCAAGUUGGAGACACAAAAAACAUUUUAUUGAUUCACAAUUACUUGAGUUUUAGAAUUCUUUCCAAUUCAACAAGACUCAACAUGAAGGUCAUCAAAGGUAACUGGAAUACUCUUCUGAGCAAUCACGAGGUUCUGGAUAUACUGCAAAACAUGAAAUCCAUAAAGUCGUGCAAGAACAAGUCGGACAUGACGCCGCUCGCAACCAUCUCUUAUCAGACAAUCAAAUAUUUUACCGAUGAAAAGAUGGCAUUUGUGAAGCAGAGCCCACAAAAAAUCCAAGAGUUUCUGAAAGCGAUGGAGCCCUUCAAAUUGACCAAGGCUGAGAAGCUCACUCUUCUUAAUCUUUGUCCUACUACGCAGCUUGAGAUACAAUUGAUGGUGGAAGAGAGUGAGGAACGAUUAACGGAUGAAGAGGUUGAGACCCUGCUUCAAAUCAUCGCAAAUGUGCGAAAGGAUAACCAGAACACAGAAGAAGAGACCUAAUCUUAAACCUUAAAAAAUAACUUAUUUAAAUAUAUUUUGCGUAUGUACAUUUUAUUUAUAUAAUAAACACGACUCGAAAUAGUAUAUAAUUAAA